UUUCUGGCUGACCAUGGUGCAUUGCGAGCCACUUUCUUCAGAGAUAUUGUGUUUCCUAGACUUCAUUUCUAUUCUUUAAAAUAUCAGCAGUAAACACAAGUUAGCUAAUAUCAUUAUAACUAUUAUCAGCCUUUUCAUGUCUGACUUGGGUAUAAUCUCUUUGUAGAUGUAAAGAGUUUAAUAUCGCAAUGUUCUGCAACUGACAUUUUUUUCAUGUUCAUUUGUUAGGUACAGCCUAAAGAGGUGCCAUUUAUUUGAAAUGUUUUCUUGGGGGUGGGUAAGUGAAGUGCGAGCCAAAUUGCCUAGAAACUGCCCUGAACGGAAAUUGCUUUUUAACAAUUGGAUCACUGAGAUUAGCAUGAUGAUCCUGAGCUGGAAUAUUGAAAAGACACACUGCCAGUUCUAAUGCAGAGUGGAAGCCCUUUUACCUUCAUGCUGGGACUGUUCUUUAUCAGUUGGGAAGUAGUCAACAUGCUGGUUAAUAUUGGGAUACCGAAAUCCAUACAAUCACCUGUUUCUGUAUGGUCUGAUAUAACUGCUCAAGUUCCGGACAGCGAUGAACAGUUUCCACAAGACAUGCAGUCUGAGAACAUUACUUUUUAUAGCCCUCCCAUGAAAAUCAAAAAGGAGCAACAGUACCGGUAUAACAGUGAUGGGCAGUGUCUCUACGCUGAUGCCUAUCAUCAAACAGGACAUGGCAUUAUUUCUCCAAACCAAGGUUCUCAGAAGUCACAGAUCCACUACUUCUCUACGGAAGGUAGAAGAUUUGCCAUUCAGCAAGGCUCUAUUCAGUAUGCUCCAGCUGAGGAGUAUCUCACAGAACACAAAUCCCGGUAUGCAGAGCCUAUAGACACGUACCUACCAUUCCAAUCGCUGCAGUUGAGUAGAGAAACUUCUGACGGUUACCAGUCACAAAUAUCUGAGCCUUGCCUCCAGUAUCUGCAGCAAGAAUUCAAAGAAAAGUACCACGAGCCGCUGAGUGAGGAGCCAAAUCAUUUGGGUAACCACAAGGCUCAGCAACUCCCUUCAAAUGUGGUCAUAAAGCAAGAACAGGCAGACUAUUCAUAUGAUUCAGCAGGAGAUAUAAAACAAGAAGCGGUACCCUACAGAGAUAGGCCUCCAUAUCAGCGCCGAGGGUCCCUGCAGCUGUGGCAGUUCCUUGUGGCUUUGCUCGACAACCCGACAAAUUCGCACUUUAUUGCAUGGACAGGAAGAGGCAUGGAGUUCAAACUGAUUGAGCCAGAAGAGGUUGCAAGACUUUGGGGCAUGCAGAAAAACCGUCCCGCCAUGAACUAUGAUAAGCUUAGCCGUUCUUUGCGCUACUAUUACGAGAAAGGCAUUAUGCAGAAGGUGGCUGGCGAACGCUAUGUAUAUAAAUUUGUUUGUGACCCCGAGGCUCUCUUCUCUUUGGCUUUCAAUGACAGUCAGUGCCCUUCCUUGAAAUCUGAGUCUGACUGCCGGAUUCAUGAAGAAUACACUGUGCCACUAUCGCACCUGGAUUAAUGAAGCACGGAGCUGUCUUUUACCAAAACUACAAGAGCAACAUCAAUUACUACUACCUGCUGUUGUAUAAUUGUGUAUAUAUAUAUAUUAUUUUUUUUUUUUUUGCAAGGGCAUAGUGUUUAAAUGUUUAAAUAAUAAGAUGGCUCUGAAAAAAAACCCACCAAAAGUGACUAAUUUUCUGUAUUCUUGGCUCAAGUACAUUUAUUUAAAGUUUGGGAAUCUAUUAUCAUAAUAUGCAGAACUCACACAUUUCCAAAUAACCGCUGCCUAUAAGUAAAACACCUUUCUUAAAAUCUGCUGAAAAAAAUAAUCAUUAAACAAACCCUGGACAACU